AUGAGAAACAGAAAGGGCUCUUCAAGUGUUGGACGGAUGAGAGAGUGGGCAUUGCAUUGCUGGCUGAAGUUAACCUUCAAUGGUCAGCAGUGCCCAGAGGACACAAGUGGUUUGAUCGGGUCAAGUCCUUCACUAACCAGGGACAUUUACUACGAACACCAGGAGUUUCCAACUCCCUCGGCGCAUCAAUGGAGCGGAUGUUCUGCUACACUACUCAACAAGGUCGCGCGCCGUGCAAAGUCAGGCGGCAAAGAUGAGACAGGGCUAGGCAGGUUCUCUUGGAUCAAGAUCCGGGGUAGGGACAUCCAACAACAGCGGAAGGGUGUGAGAUUCUCCUUGGGUUAG